GACAAGAGGACUACAACUCCCAACAGGUCAUGCAGCCCUGCCCCGCCGAUUCUCCAUUGGCCUGCUGGGGGUGGGGAUUAGACGGGAGGUGGCCAUGGGACUGCGGCCGGGUUGUCCCCUCCUCGGCUUCCGUAGAGGAAGUCGCGCGGACCUGUAUCUGGGGUUUCGGUGAUUCCCCCGGCCCCGCCCAACCCCCUUUCUGGGGUCCGGGGGUGACAUUGCGCCGCGCCCCUCACGGGGUCGCGUCACCGCCCCACGGACUCCCUAGCUGGCCGUUAGUACGGACUCCCAUUCGUAGCUCUUGGCCAGGCCUCCACCCCGCCCCCAGCUGCCCAGCCAUGGGGGCCGCAGUGUUUUUCGGAUGCACUUUCGUUGCUUUUGGCCCGGCCUUUGCGCUUUUCUUGAUCACUGUGGCUGGAGACCCGCUUCGCGUCAUCAUCCUGGUCGCGGGGGCAUUUUUCUGGCUGGUCUCCCUGCUCUUGGCUUCUGUGGUCUGGUUCAUCUUAGUCCAUGUGACUGACCCGUCAGAUGCCCGCCUCCAGUAUGGCCUCCUGAUUUUUGGUGCUGCUGUCUCCGUUCUUCUACAGGAGGUGUUCCGUUUUGCCUACUACAAGCUGCUUAAGAAGGCAGAUGAGGGGUUAGCAUCGCUGAGUGAGGACGGAAGAUCACCCAUCUCCAUCCGCCAGAUGGCCUAUGUUUCUGGUCUUUCCUUCGGUAUCAUCAGUGGUGUCUUCUCUGUUAUCAAUAUUUUGGCUGAUGCACUUGGGCCUGGUGUGGUUGGGAUCCAUGGAGACUCACCCUAUUACUUCCUGACAUCAGCCUUCCUGACAGCAGCCAUUAUCCUGCUCCAUACCUUUUGGGGAGUUGUGUUCUUUGAUGCCUGUGAGAGGAGACGGUACUGGGCUUUGGGCCUGGUUGUUGGGAGUCACCUACUGACAUCAGGACUGACAUUCCUGAACCCCUGGUAUGAGGCCAGCCUGCUGCCCAUCUAUGCAGUCACUGUUUCCAUGGGGCUCUGGGCCUUCAUCACAGCUGGAGGGUCCCUCCAAAGUAUCCAGCGCAGUCUCUUGUGCCGACGGCAGGAGGACAGUCGGGUGAUGGUGUAUUCUGCCCUGCUCAUCCCACCCGAGGACUGAGGGAACCUGGGGGGAACCCCUGGGCCUGGGGUGCCCUCCUGAUCUCCUCGCCCUGUAUUUCUCCAUCUCUAGUUCUGGACAGUGCAGGUUGCCAAGAAAAGGGACCUAGCUUAGCCAUUGCCAUGGAGAUGAAAUCAAUGGAGGCUCAAGGGCAGAUGAGCUCUGAGUUUCCCAGUACCCCCUCUCCAGACUGUACAUCUUGGUCUUUUUCUCAGGUCUGAGAGAAGCCAUUUUUGGUGUGAUAAAGACCCCAAACUGCCUUUUUAUUUUGAGUUGGGGGAGGUAGGAGGUGUGUUGCAAUUCUUCUCCUAUCCUCCUUGGACUAUUAUUUUCCCUCCUCAAAAUUGCUCCUAUGGCUGGGCUCAUACCUAUCCACCUUUCCCCUUGGUCCCCGGCCUUGUGGGGAAAGGAAGAACGUGCAUGUUUGGGAACUGGUAUUACUGGAACUAAUGGUUUAACCUCCUUGACCACCAGCAUCCCUCCUCUCCCCAAGGUGAAGUGGAGGGUGCUGCGGUGAGCUGGCCCACUCCAGAGCUGCAGUGCCACUGGAGAAGUCAGACUACCAUGACAUCGCAGGGAAGGAGGGCAUAUUUUUUCUAAUUUUUAACUGGGAGUGGGUGGGGAAUUUUUUUCUAUAAACUGUAUCAUUUUCUGCUGAGAAUGGCGUGUCCCAUCCUUUUAAUCAAGGUGAUUGUGAUUUUGAAUAAUAAAAGAGACUUUAUAA